AUGAGCCGGCAAUUCAGUUCUAGGUCUGCCUUUGGGCUGGGGAGCAGGCAUGUUUACAGUGCUAGCUCCUCUGGAGGCUUUGGUGGCCAAAGCCGGGCCAGUGGGUCUGUGUGUCGUAUAGGUGGGAGAUGUGGUGGCGGUGGUGGUGGCUUUGGGGGCUACAGUCGUCUUAGGGGUGCCUAUAGUAGCCAAAGCCUCUAUAAUCUGGGUGGGAGCAAUAGCCUGCUUCGGGAUGGGGCCAGUGGCUUUUGGCAGAACAGAGGAAACAGAAGUUUUGGGGUUAGUGUUUCUGGGCGUAGUUUUGGAGGUGGUGGCUUUGGGGCUGGUGGCUUUGGCCUUGGGGGUUUUGGUCCUGCCUGUCCCCCAGGGGGAAUUCGUGAAGUGACCAUUAAUCAGAGCCUCCUUCAGCCUCUUGGGGUGGAGGUGGACCCUGAGUUUCAGAGGGUGAAAAGUCAAGAGCGUGAGCAGAUCAAAGUUCUCAACAACAAAUUUGCUUCUUUCAUUGACAAGGUACGAUUCUUGGAGCAGCAGAACCAGGUACUGCAGACCAAAUGGGACCUGCUACAGCAGGUCAAGACCACCACCCGGAGAAACAACCUGGAACCCAUCUUGGAGUCCUAUAUCGCUGAACUGAGGAGGGAGCUGGACACCCUGAGUGGGGAGCGAAGCCGCCAAGAAUCUGAGAUAAGAAGCAUGCAAGAUUUGGUGGAGGAUUUCAAGACCAAGUAUGAGGAAGAAAUCAAUAAGAGGACCAAUGCUGAGAAUGAUUUUGUCGUUCUGAAGAAGGAUGUAGAUGCUGCCUAUAUGAACAGAACUGACCUGCAGUCCAGGGUGGCCACACUGUUGAAGGAAACUGACUUCUUGAGGUUCCUGUAUGAUGCGGAGUUGUCCCAGAUGCAGACUACCACCAGCGACACCAACGUCAUCCUCUCCAUGGAUAAUAAUCGUAGCCUGGAUUUAGAUAGCAUCAUCCAGGAGGUCCAAGAGCAAUAUGAACUCAUUUUCCAGAAGAGCAAGAGUGAGACUGAGGCUAGGUACCAGGACAAGUACAAGGAGCUCCAAAUCACAGCUGGCAGACAUGAUGAUGACCUGAAAAACACUAAGAUGGAAAUUUCAGAGCUCAACCGGACUAUCCAGAGGCUACAGUCUGAGAUUGGAAAUGUGAAGAAACAGAUUGGUAACAUCCACUCACUCAUUUCGGAUGCUGAGGAGAGAGGGGAGCAGGCCCUCCAAGAUGCCAAGCAGAAACUGCAAGAUAUGGAAGAAGCUCUCCAGCAGAGCAAGGAAGAGAUGGCCCGUCUUCUGCGUGAUUACCAGGAGCUUUUGAGCACCAAGCUGUCCUUGGAUGUUGAGAUUGCCACUUAUAGGAAGUUGCUGGAGGGAGAGGAGAUCAGGAUGUCAGGAGAAUUUCAGAACCCCGUUAGCAUCUCUGUGCAGAGCAGUAAAGUCACCAUCGGAGGAGGCGGCGGCGGCGGCGGGAGCUAUGGUGGAAGUGGGAGCUAUGGUGGGGGCAGCGGCAGCUCCGCUCGAGGCUCUGGAAGCUUCAGCACUGGAGGGAACUAUGGAGCCAGCAGAGGCGGCGGCACUUCCAGAGGGGGCGGUGGAGGAGUUUAUGGUGGGAGUAGCAGUGGCGGGUAUGGAGAAAGCAGCAGAAGCAGGAAGAGUGGGGGGAGCUCCUCAAGGGUGCAGAUCAUCCGAACCUCUACCAACACUUCUAGCAGACAUGUCAUUGAGUAG